AUGACGCGGGCUGGGGGGGGCCUCGGGGCCUGGGGGAGCCUGGUGCUGCUGGGCCUGUGCGCCUGGACCGGAGCCAGGACAGCGGCACCCGGCCCUGUCAGGAACCUGACCGUGUGGAGUCAGACCAACAGCUCCAUCAGCCUGCGCUGGGCGCCCCCGGGAGACCCGAGCCCAGAGAACCACACCUACUGGGUCAGGUGGACCGGAGAGGGCAAAAACGAGACCCGAAACACGACAGACGUCACUUACACGGCGGAGGGACUCGCACCCGCGUCCCUCUAUGCGUUUUCCGUGUGGGUGGAGGGAGGUGGAGCCAGCAGCCACCCCAGGACCCUCAUUGCCAGCACAGCCCCCAACCCCGUCAGGGACCUGACCGUGGAGAGUCAGACCAACAGCUCCAUCAGCCUGCGCUGGGGGCCGCCCCACGGCCCCGACCGGACCUACACCUACUGGGUCCAGUGGACGGAUGACGGUGGUGAAACUGGGACCCGGAGCACAGCAGACACCAGAGUCACCGUGGACGGCCUGAAACCCGGGUCCGCCUACGAGCUCGCCGUGUGGGUGGAGAACAUGAACAUCAAUGGCUCCCGGACCCCUCUCCGCGCGGCCACAGCCCCCAACCCCGUCAGGAACCUGACCGUGGAGAGUCGGACCAACAGCUCCAUCACCCUGCACUGGGGGCCGCCCCACGGCCCCGACCGGAACUACACCUACUGGGUCCAGUGGACGGAUGACGGUGGUGAAACUGGGACCCGGAGCACAGCAGACACCAGAGUCACCGUGGACGGCCUGAAACCCGGGUCCGCCUACGAGCUCGCCGUGUGGGUGGAGAACAUGAACAUCAAUGGCUCCCGGACCCCUCUCCGCGCGGCCACAGCCCCCAACCCCGUCAGGGACCUGACCGUGGAGAGUCGGACAAACAGCUCCAUCACCCUGCGCUGGGGGCCCCCAGACAAUCAGAGCUACACCUACUGGGUCCAGUACCCGGGGGAUGACAAGAACGAGACCCGGAACACGACAGACGUCACGUACACGGUGGAGGGACUCACGUCAGCAACCUCGUACCCGUUCUCCGUGUGGGCGGAGAGGCACGGGGUCCCCAGUGCCGCGCAGACCCAGGAGGGUUCCACAGCCCCCAACCCCGUCGGGGACCUGGCCGUGGAGAGUCGGACCACCAGCUCCCUCAGCCUGCGCUGGGCGCCGCCCCACGGCCCCGACCGGAACUACACCUACUGGGUCCAGUGGACGGGUGGCGGUGGUGAAACUGGGACCCGGAGCACAGCAGACACCAGAGUCACCGUGGACGGCCUGAAACCCGGGUCCGCCUACGAGCUUGCCGUGUGGGUGGAGAACAGGAACAUCAGCGGCUCCCGGACCCCUCUCCGCGCGGCCACAGUCCCCCACGCAGUGACCAGUCUCCGGAUCGGGGGCCGGACCACCAGCUCCAUCACCCUGAGCUGGACAGCUCCCCAGGGCCCAGACCAGCCUCCCUACACCUACUGGGUCUCCUGGACCCUGGAGGGCGGGGCUGCCGCUGGGCCCCAGAGCACCCCGGAUACCAGGAUCACCGUGAGCGCCUUGGAAGCUGGGAGCCUGUACACCUUCACCGUGUGGGCGGAGAGGAACGGGGUCAACAGCAACAGAAAGACCCUCUUGGUGGCCACAGCUCCCAACGAGGUCACAGCUCUGCAGACGAAAACUCAGACCAACAGCUCCAUCGCCCUGCAGUGGGAGGCCCCCGCCGACCCCCGCGCUCAGCUCUACGUGUACUGUGUCCAGUGGGCCGGUGGGGGAGAUCCCCAGAGGGAGGCAGACCCGAAAGGACACAAGGUCGACCAGAUAGCCAGGACCAAUGAGACUUGGUAUGUGGUGGAGGCCCUGGAACCCGGGACUCCAUACAACUUCAGCGUGUGGGCGGAGAGGAGCAAUGUAGGCGGUUCCCCACAGAGCCUCCAAGCAUCCACAGCCCCGGACCCCGUCACCAUCACCUCCUGCACCAGCAUCUCUGGUGGCUACGGGCUCACCCUGACCUGGACCUGCCCCCCGGGCGGCUACGAGGCCUUUGAGCUGCAGGUGGGCGGGCAGCAGGGCUCCUGGGACAGAGCCUCCUGCGGGAGGGGCGUGUCCGUGUGGGACCUCCAGCCCGCUCAGUCCUACGCAGCCACCGUGAGGACCCUCUGGGACGGGCUGCGGGCCCCAGCUGCCUCCGUGACCUGCCACACGGAGAGUGCAGGGGUCAUCGCCGGGGCCAUUGUCGGGGUCCUGCUGUUCCUCACCCUGGUGGGCCUGCUGAUCUUCUUCCUGAGGAGAAAAAGAAGAAGACAGCGAAGGAAGGAAGGAAGGAAAGAUUUCGUCUUCACCUUCCCAAGGGAUAUCCCUGCGGCUGACUUUGCUGACCACGUCCGCAAAAACGAGAAGGACAGCAACUGUGGCUUUGCUGAGGAGUACCAGCGCCUGGUCCCGGAGGGCCACGGCCAGUCCCAGACGGUGGCCUCCGCUCCGGAGAACAGCGCCAAGAACCGCUACCGGAACGUGCUGCCCUACGACUGGUCCCGCGUGGCCCUGCGGUCCCUCGGAGGGGCCCCGGGCUCCGACUACAUCAACGCCAGCUUCAUGCCCGGUCUCUGGAGCCCCCGGGAGUUCAUUGCGACCCAGGGCCCCCUGCCCCAGACGGUGGGCGACUUCUGGCGCCUGGUGUGGGAGCAGCAAAGCCACACCCUGGUCAUGCUGACCAACUGCGUGGAGUUGGGCCGGGUGAAGUGUGAACAUUACUGGCCUCUGGACGCCCAGCCCUGCACCCACGGGCACCUGCAGGUGACCCUGGAGGGGGAGAAGGUGAUGCAGAACUGGACAGUCCGAGACCUGAAGCUGCGACACACCCAGGAGCAGAAGACUCUGUCCGUGCGACAGUUCCACUACGUGGCCUGGCCCGACCACGGCGUCCCCCACUCCCCGGACCCCUUGCUGGCCUUCUGGAAGGUGCUCAGGGAGUGGCUGGACAACACCCCCGGGGGAGGCCCCCCCAUCGUGCACUGCAGCGCCGGCGUGGGCCGCACCGGCACCCUCAUCGCCCUGGACGUCCUGCUGCGGCAGCUGGAGUGCGAGGGCGUGGUGGGGCCCUUCAGCUUCGUGAAGAAGAUGCGGGAGAGCCGGCCCCUGAUGGUGCAGACCGAGGCCCAGUACGUCUUCCUGCACCAGUGCCUCCUCCGGUUCCUGCAGCAGUCGGCCCCGCCGCCGGCCCAGAAGAACGGGGCCAUAUACGAGAACCUGCUCUUCGAGAACGAUGCAGCCGUCGAUGUUUAG